AUGUCAGACGAACUAGGUUCGGCUGAGACGGCCGAAAUUGAUUCGCUCUUUGGAAGCGACGGUUUUGCCUUCGACGUGAGCUUUAACGCAGAUCCGUUUGAGGCAUCUACCGGCUCCGACUAUUUCACGAGCUUAUUGAACAGCGGCAACGUCGAAGUAGACACUAAUCCCAGUGGCGUCAUGGCCAAUCCUGGCAACUCCAACCCCGGCCCCGUCCGAAAUUUGAUCGUCGACGGCAGCUCUGGAAGAAGCAGUGCGGAUUCCAACGCUAGUCCCGGUCAGAACUCUAGCUUGGCUCACAGUGGAAACAACAACUUGACUCGUGGUACGUCCUCGAAUAGCCCCCAGGUUGGUACUGGAGGAAGCAACAUGACAAGCCUCACCAUGCCGGGGAACAACCCCACUCAAGACAUCAACAACGCACCGCCCAAUGCCACGGGAUUGCUUGUCUUGCCUGAUGACAGUACCGACAACAUCAACAUCAACGAUGGUAACCAGAUUGGCACGGGCGGUCCCGCUGGCGACUCCACCGAGAGUAAUACUACUUCCGUUUCUCAACUCAAUCCCACGGCUGUACCGUGGGUCCCCACCAACAACAACGCGGCCGUCCCAAACGCAUCGGGAGGUAACCAGGGUGUGCGCUCACAGAGCCUGCCGCAAGCCGAUCAUCGUGGCCAAUCGAAGAGGCCUUGGCAGAUGAAUCAGAAUGAGAACACGAGGAACAUGAAGCAAGCCACUGAACAGAAUCGACCUAUGAGUCAAGUGAGCAGGGCUGGCUCUAUACCUCCCCAUCACCAACAAGAGAGUACAUCGGUGGCCCUGGCUUCGAGCAUGGCUAGAGGAGUGAACCGCGAACCAGCAAUCAUGUCCCAUCUCCCUGGUCAGAUAUCCGGUCAGCAAUACACCCAAGCGUACCAAUCGUUUCCCAGCCUUGGCGCAGCCGCCCCUCAGAAUGGGAUCCUGCAAUCCGUUGUCAAGACGCAGCCAAAGAAGGCCGCUAGUGGCAAAAACAACAAAAAGGGUCAGGGGCAGAAAGGUCGAGGUAAACCGCGAUAUACCGGUCCGACCUUCGCCGUUCCCCCGUCUGUACCAGUCGCCAUCGAUCUUACCGAUACGGUCUUGCAGCCUCUCAACGUCGAGUUGUUCAAAAAGACAGUUGAAGCCCAGAGGAAAAAGUCGAGUGCUCCUACCCAGAAUAUCGCCAAUAGCAAUGGAAGCGCCAUGAACAACGCCAUCCCGGCCUUGAGCCAGUCUUAUCACCAUUAUCCGCUACCCCAGCCGCUGGCCUACCCGAUAGUCCAGAACCAGGCUCCGAUCCCAUUUCCAUUUCCCGUUCAGCCUCAGAUGGAGAAUGUAGCUCCGCAACAAGCUCAGAAGCCUCUCUAUAGUCAGUAUCUGCAUCCGGCUCAGCCUGUGAUUCAGCAUCCGGUCCAGAAUCCAGUUCCGCAGAAGACUCAGCAAAUUGCUCAGCAGAAGGUUAAUCAGCAAGCCCGAGAACACAGGGAGGCCCCAGGCCCUUGGAAAAUGUCACCGGAAAAAAGGAAGGAUUUUCAUUUGUUCAAUGUUGAUUACCAGACACAACUGAGUGAUUCAGUUCGAAAGAACCCCCCCAAGCGACAGACCCGGAAGCCUCCUAUCAACGUUAGUAGUCAAGGUGUCUUCUCGCCGGAGGCCGAGCCAGCCUCUCUUCCCAGUUCCACCCCUGCGCCCCCUUCGACUCCGAAAUCCCAAGUCGGUCCGAAUGUACCUCGUCCACCUCAAGCUAUCGGUGGAAAAGGCGGUGCGACCGGCGUUAUGCGCCAGAUCAUGGCUGAACGAGAUACGAGACUCAUCAAUGCGAGUUUUGCCCAGGGGUUUGAGUUUGGCAUCGAGCGCGGCAUCCAGUUGGUACACGCCAUCAUUCUCAACACUGCGCUGAAAACAGGACUGGAGACCCCUGUUGGCGCUGUCCUGGAGCUGAAAAAGGAGGAUGUAGAGGGUGACGCCCUUCGUAAGAGCCUGAAGCAAAAGUCGAGGACUCUAGUCCAGGCCUGGAUCAACAGUGUUCACUCGCAAAUGGGCGCUCUUUCUGAGACCACUUGGUGUAACAAGGAGAUCAUCCUGCCACAAUUGGCCAAGAUUGUGGCUCACAACCAAGAUCUCUUUGACCAGAAUACCGUUACGCAGCUUAAGGCCGCCUUUUCCGCUGCUGCUGCCGCCAGUAGCGGUGCCAGUGGAGUUGGUGUUAAUACCACACCUUCCCGCAACGACAAGGCACCAAUGGCGAUGGGUGGUGAUGGCAACAGGUCUGUCUCUCGUGGUCCGGACCCCAAUGACAAGGCGCCCAUGACAAUAGGCGGUGAUGGCGGAAGGUCUAUCGCUCGCGUUCCGGAUGCCAAUGACAUCCAAGGUCAGAUGGAGCAAGCCAUGGGUGGUUCCCGCCAGGCUGCCGCGCGGGUGGCGCGCACCGAAACUCCUACCAGGCCUCAGGGCUACUCACAGCCGGAGCAUCAAGCCGGCCCCGACCACGACGCCUUAGUUACAACGCCUGUUCGUCCCAUGGGUAUGAAUGCUGGGGCGCCAAACGGUGGAGCUAGUCAUCGAGGCGUUGACCUUUCCGUUAAUACUGCUAUCGCGCAGAUGCAAUCAAGCAGUCCGCCAACCCCGUUUCAUAUCACCCCCGAUGGACGGGCGCACGUGGACGAGGAAACGCUGAGGUCGCAAGCGGCUGUUCCUGUUGGCACGAAGAGAGUUGCGAGCCAGGCUUCUGAUGUGUCAGAUACUUCGAUUGAGAGCCCCUCGAAGCGCCGCAAGGCUGCGAACGGAGGUGUCGUCGCUAUUCCAAGUGAUACUGCCGAGGGCCGGUCGUUUGACGAAUUGGCAGCUACCCUCAGAGCAGACAUCGCUGGUAGCUCUGCUUCGGCAGCCACCUCUGAAGGCGUGGCGACGUACGCCGAAGCCAUCUCUAGUUCUCCUGAGACUAUCUCGUGUGAGCCUGUGGAAUGGGUCCAGGCGAACAUCAGAACUCAAGCAUACUUUGAGUCGCGCAUGCCAGGAGGCAUUUCGCACUCGACCGCACAUUUUCUGCAUACGCUCACGGAGAUUAACAACAACGAGUACAUUACGGAGCUGGCUAGGUCGUGUGACGACAUCGUCGUGGAUUUGAGCAAGGGAGAGAAGACCCCGGAGGGGGGUGUUGAGAGUGACGGAGGGAUUGCAGCGUCUAAUGGAGCGAAUGACGUCCAAGACACCUUAGCAAAGAGCCGGGAAGCCUCCAAGAAGAAGGAGUUUAUGCGAAUCCGCGCGUAUCACGACAGGAUCUUGGGUAACGACAACCCUUUUGAACGUGAAAUUAUGCAAUGGUACGGCCUCGAUCUCUGGGUCCUCGAGCGAAUCCAGAAGGAAACCGGGUAUUCGGACGCCGAGAUGCGUCGCAAGAACCUCGCUCUGGCCCUGGCCGACCAGGCGAUCGUCAAGGAUUCGCCCAUCGAUGGGCCGGCCAAGCCUUACGCUCUCGCGCGUGCCACCAUGACCUGGUAUAACAUGAACAAGCGUCUCCCGGCGACUCUGCUUUUGAAGACGCAGGAUAGCCCGGGGUUCAUGGCCUGGAUAAAUACGAUGAACGAUCCUGAGUGUGUUCAUACUGCGGUGAGGGAGCACUUUAAGACAUUUUAG